CUUCCAAAAAUCCCACUUGCAAAUUUAACAGAAUUCAGCUCAUUUCAAGCUCAUAGAUCGGGAACUCGUAUUUACCAUCAUUUGGACAGCAUUUGAAUGCUCCAUUUAAUCGGCUCGCGAGGAAUUGUAACCUGCGCGCGCUUAUUAAACUGUAUAAAUUGGGGCAGAAAACCGUUGAGACCGUUACAGAACGUAUCGCAGACCGUUUCCGUUGCUCGACUACUAUAAACAAAUAAAGGGAGAAGAGGUUAAUUUAUUAGGUCAUUUCUCUUCGUUUUCUGACAGUAUGGAAAGAGCGUUUAACUUUAAGCUGUUAGUGCCUCCAAGAACCAACAUAAGUCAGGUGUCAGCCGUAAAGCCUCAAGAGUCCGGGAUGUUUGAGGACACCAGUAGCUAUGUGCCACCAGUACAGGGCUUUAAUAAAUGUUUUGAUAAAGAGACAAGCAUGCAAUUUUCAAAUACCAACAUGGUGUUGCCUACAAAACCACCAAGAGCAGAGGUUACAAGGAAGAUUGCAGUCAUGCCGAUGGAAAAGGAAGAUUCACCAUUGAGAUCCAGUCAGCUUUAUUCCAAGCUGCUUGAAGAGGCUGAGAAAAUCAAAGUUUGGAAAUUAAAAAUGGACUCAGAAAUUUUACAUAAAGAAAGAAUGCUUCAGGAUAAUAAAAGAACAAUUGAGACUCAGCGCAAAGCCAUUCAAGAACUUCAGUUUGAAAAUGAGAGCCUUAGCAUGAAAUUAGAGGAACAACUUUAUGAAAAUGAAGAUCUGCAGAAUAAAAAUAAUGCAACACGAAAUUUGUGCAACAUUCUAAAGGACACUUUUGAAAGGUCUGCUGAGAAAAUGAGUCUGUUUGAGGCUGAAAAAGAAGAAACACAUGAUCUUUUCAUGCAAAAUCAUAAAAACAUUCAGAGGAUGGUGGCUGCAUUUGAAAAUCUUCGCAUACAAGCAGAGGCUGACCAGCAAGAACUGUUGAAAGAUCACACAGUUAAAGAGGGUCUUAAACAGUUUGAGGAUCUUAAAUUAAGAUUUGAGAAAGAUUACUGCAUAAAAGAGGAAGAGGUUGUUAUGCUGAAUGAAAAAUUUAAAGAAAAGGAAAGUGAUCUUAAAGAUCUACAACAAAAUUUCCAAGAGACUCAGCAAAACUUUACUGCACUCCAAGAAUCCGCAAAGCAACAGCUGGAAUUAUUUCAGACCUGUGAACAAGAACAGAAAGCACUCCAGGAAAAACUAAAGAAGGAGGAACAACUCAGACAAGAGUUUGAGGAAAACCGGAAAUCUUUAGUAAACACACUUGAGAAAACCAAAGAGAAGUAUGUAAAUAACCUUCAGGAGAGAGACAUUAAAUUUGAAGACAUGAAUAAAAUCAAAGAGCAACUUGCACUUCAACUUGAAGAGGUGCACUUGGCAAAAGACUCAUUGCAGUCCUCUUUAACAGUUGAGAAAAAGAGGGUUGAAGAACUUGAGUCUGAACGUAGCUCACUAUCUGAAGAACUCAGUAUAAAGAACACAGAACUAGGGAAUAUGAAAGAGGCAAAUAAGCAGCAUGACAUUCAAAUACAAACUUUAAAAAAUGAAAUGGAGACAAGGCUAAAAAGACUUAAAUAUUUAGAGGAGAAGAUACAGGCAGAUGAUGAAAAGAUGAUUCAGCUUAUUUCAGAGCAUGCUGAAAAACAGACAGAAAUGAAUGAAUUAAAGGAAAGGUUGAAGUUUGCUACUGCUGAAAAUAAAAACAUGGUGGCUACACUUAAAGAUGCUGUAGAAGAGAAAAACUUGUUAAAGGAGGAUGUGCUUUUGAAAGAGAAAAAACUGCAAGAGAUUGAAGGUCAGUUGUCAGAAGCACUGAAGAAUGAACAGGAAUCAUCCAGUAAUACAGAACGGCUGAAAAACGACCUCAGGCAAUUCAAGGAGCGAUAUGAUGAUCUGCUAGAGAAGUUUCAUCAGCUUAAUCUUAAAAAGAACACUGAGGAAAAAGAAAGCAGUGAUUCAGAGAGUAAGGUCCUUGAGGAAAAUAAAGAAAGUGAGGAAAAGCUGAAAAUGAAAGUACAGAGACUUGAAGAGGAUAAACAACAACUACAAAAACAAGUGGAGCUGCUUAGUGCAGAAAUCAAAGAGCACUAUCAGGAGAAUGAAAAUAUUCAGGGACAGUUAAAGGAGUCUAACAAAAGCUUCCAGAAUAAGCAAAUGAAAAAACAAAAACAGAUCAAAGCACUGGAACUAAAGCUUACAAAUCUUAAAACCAAACUAGAAACUAAAGAUAAGGCUCAUGAGGAAUGCCUAAAGGAAAAUAAAGCCCUGAAGGAGCAGAUGGCAGCACAGAAUAAAAAAUGUUCUCACCAUAAAACUGAGAUAACUGAAUUGAAAGAAGAACACCAAAAGCUGAAAGACCAUAAUGAAAAAGAAUACAAGAAAAUAUGUUCAGAGCUGGAGGACAAAUCAGCAUCUGAAGCACAACUUAAAUUAGAGGUAGAGAAACUAAAGCAAAAAGCAGUGGAAUCAAUAAAGAUAAAGGAAGACUCUGAAGUCAGAUGCCAACAGAAGAUCUCUGACAUGGUUGCUUUAAUGGAACGGCAUAAACAUGAGUACGACAAAAUGGUGGAAGAGAAGGAUGCAGAGCUGAGCGAGAAAAGAAUGCAAGAAGCCGAAGUUAAUGCCAAUAAAACUUCACUGGAGCUGGAGCUAUCCCACCUCCAAGUUGAAAAUGGACAAUUAAACCAACAACUUGAAGAACUCAAAAUAAUAAAGAAAAGUCUUCAACAGAAAGUGCAGGAGCUGACCAAGACACAAACAUCUCAGAAGUACACUUACACAAAGAAAGAGCAACAUCUGGAACAAAAAAUUGUGGCCUUAAAGAAACAAAUUACAUCUCUUAAAAGCAACAACAUUCAAAAGUUAUCAGAGACCACUACCAAAAAUAAGAAAUUGUUUGAAACACCAGAAACUGCUUCCACCAAGAUGUCAACACGCUUGAGGAAGACAGAAAUUGAUACUCCAUUGAGAAAAGGCCUAGCAACACCUUUUAGUUUAGAUAACAGCCUACCUACAUCCUCAUCUUGGACUUUGGAAACAAAAACAGGAUCAACACCACGAAUAAGGUCUUUUAGAAUACGCACACCACCGUCUACUGAGAAAGCAGCACCAUGGAGAAAAAACAUAUUGGAACUGGACCCGAAAUCUGACAGCUCAGAGCAACAUGACGUCCUGGGUUUUUCUGCAGUUCCUUUAAAAGCAAAAAAGCAAGAAAAAGACUCUGAACCACUGUCCCUGGGCUUAUUUAAGAAGGUGCAGAGUUCUGCUGGUUAUAAGUCUCCAGGAGCAGCACUAAAACUGGCAACUAUGAAAAGAAUGCGGGAUGCAGGCUGGACUACCGUUACCAGCUCAGACAAGAAAAAGAAAAAAGGAACAGAGAAAAUAUUUGCUUAAAAACAACUUGGUAUUAAUCAGACACCAAGGUUAAAGAUGGUUUCCAUUGUUUAUUGUAAUUUAAGAGCAUACACUAUAUUGACAAAACUAUAGGGACACCCAUUCUAAAUAUUACAUUUAUGUGUUUUAGCCACAGCAGUUGCUAACAGGUGUAAUUAAUCAGUUAUAUAAGGGAAAUUAAAUGCUUCCACAGCAGCAGCAGGUAGGGCCCCUUUGUGUUCCACCAUGACUGUGCCCCAGUGCACAAAGCAAGCAAGCCAAUAAGCAAGCAAGGCCAAUAAAGACAUGGAAAAAAAGCUUGGUUUAAAGAAACUCCGAUGGCCUCCAGUGCAAAGAGCCCUGCACAGAGUUUGGAAUGAACUGGAACAUCAGUUGAGGCUUUCUUUACCAACAUCAAUGCCCAACCAUACACCUGCUCUUUUGACUGAAUAUCCAUAAAUUUCCACAGACAUAGUUUAAAGUUUUGUAAGAAGACUUCUCAGAAGAGUGGAUGUUGUUAUAGCUAAAAAGAUCCCAUAGAGGUCAUUCUUAUUGUAACGUCAAUUGUUUUUGAAAUGGGAUGACCCAACAAAUUAAUGGUCAGGUGUCCAAUACUUUUGGUCUUAUAGUUUAUUAGAUACUAUAGAGAAGAGUAAUAUAUAUUGAAAAAUAUGAAUUGUUAGAUAUUGAGUGUGUCAGUCAGUUAUUUCAGUGGUGUGUUAAACUAUAAUAUUACUGUUAAUAUUACUGUUCUAUGUUUGCAUUGUUUCAGUCACUGUCCUUUGCAUGAAAUAAAAAUGUUUAAACCUUUUAGAUAAACCAUUAACAUUUUUUAAAAACUUAUUCUUUUUAGGUGUAACAGCCUAAUAUUGCUGAUGUAGCUUUGAGGUAAAAUACAAAAUUGAUUUACUGAGGCUCUUGUUCAAUGUUGUUAAAGGUUUUAAAGGUAAAAGCUUUACAAGUUUGCUCUGUUCCCGGGUCCUCAUUCAACAACUCCAAGCGAAACUGUGUAGGUGUGUAAACAAAUGUUUGCUGGUCAUCAUUUAUCGCAGUUACAGUGGAGUUGUAGAUCUGAGGGCCAUUGUAGAGUCCUCCUGAAAUCACAAGUGUGUCAUCUUGUACCAUAAACUGCUCACCUGUAAGAGCAUAAAUACAAAUAAUUAUUUGCAUGUUUACAAUAUAAAUAAGACGAAUACAAAUAUUCAUUCUGGAACCUGUACACUUUACAAUACAGAAAGUUGCUCUUACCUGUAUUUUCAUUAAAGAGAGGAUGGUGUGAA